CGCCUCGUUAGGGUUGGACGUGUGUAGCUCGCGUCGCGCACCGGUGCAUACUACACGAAACAAGUUUAUUCUUUCACAUUCCGGUGAUUUCUUUCCAAUGAGAAUAAUAUAAACAUACAUCACAAUGUGUCUGGCUGGUUCACUAAUAAAAACAUUUUUGGUGCAAAAUUCUUUGCACUAAGGACAAUUCUUGUGCAAUUUGUGAUUACUUUAUUAUCUUUAUCAGACGAUAGAGUACGCGAAGGUGUGACAAAUACGCGAGUGAAUUUGUUUGUUUUUAAACAAGAGACACGUUCGUUGAAGUAGCUAAGUUUGAAAGGUUGUUUUUAUUUCAAAAGGACGCAUUGCGUGUUGAACAGAGACAAGAUGAGGUCUCAACGGGGAAGAGCGACAGGUGUGGCGGCGUUGGUGGUUUUGUUGGCGACUGUUACAGGAUGCGCAGCACAGAACCUUCGAAUAUUUCCUAUGCAGAAGGUGCAAACUGUGGCUAUCGGGAAAUCUGUAGUGCUGACUUGUCAGGUAGAUGGCACAGAUCCGGCACUUAGCACGCAGCCACAGUGGAAAGACCCUAAGGGACUGGUUAUCAAUGAGGCAUCGCCCGGAACUAGGCCAGAGAUCUACACGGAGUCGAUGCCAGCGAGACAGCAGCAACUGCUGUACAUCUCCUCCAUCACGCCAGCGAUGGCCGGCAACUACACCUGCGUCUCCAGCUAUACCAACAUCGCUCUCAGCGCCAGCGUCAUUUUGGAAACUUACGUCGCUAUCACUUGGACCAACGCCAACGAGAACCAGUUUGCGACAAAAGGAAAGGAUUUCAAAGUAAUGUGCGAAGUAACCGCCGAACCCUCCCCGUCUAUAGAUUGGUUCAAAGAGGGAACUCCUAUUUCAACUGAUGACAGAUAUGUAAUUCAUACAAACGGCCUACAAAUCAAAAACGUUCAGGAAAGCGAUGAUGGCACUUACACAUGCCGAGCGGUCGUCAUCAAAACUGGUGAACUCGCUGAGAGACACAUCAAACUUGAGGUCUAUACUGCACCAGAAAUGGAAGAUCGCGAUCCACGAGUAGUAUUAAAGGAAGGCGAAUCAGCUUCUAUCAGUUGCAAAGCGAGAGGGAAACCUCCACCAACAUAUACUUGGAUUAAGGCCAGUACUCGAGAGAAUUUGGCGUCAACGUCAAGGUUCAGCGUGAAUGAAAUUAAAGGUCUUCUAACAUUCGACCGCGUCGAAGCUGGUGACUACGGAAAGUACAUUUGUAGUGCCGUCAACCAAGCGGGUCAGAACGAGACAGAAAUAGAAGUAGAGGUUCUUGUCCCUCCUAAAAUCUUCGAGUUCUUCAACAUCACUGCUCCUGAAAAGUCGGAAACGAGAUUAGAGUGUAAGGCGACAGGAAGACCGGCGCCAAGAUUGAGUUUCAGGAAGCUUUCUAAUCAAGAUAGGUUCUUAAGUGGAGCUAAUGAUGAUGGAAGAAUCACAGUUGAAACAAGCAGUCGACAAACUGGAGAUCAGAUGCAAUCAAGUGCAGUUAUCACCAUAUCCAAUCUGAAUAGGACAGAUGAUGGCUUGUAUGAGUGUAUCGCUGAAAAUGACGGAGGUGAAGCUAGAAAGAAUGGACAUCUGACGGUACAAUUCCAACCGACAUUCGAAAACAUGCCAAAUUCACCGAUAUGGAGUUGGAACGGUCUGCCUGUGAACAUAAGCUGUGUCGCUGAAAGUAUUCCGAAUGCAACCAUCAAAUGGAGGUUCCUUGACAGAGAUUUAGUGGAGUCACCUCAAGUCAAAAUUUAUGGUUCAGGUCCUUACAGUUAUGUCACCAUUCAGCCCACAGACCGAGCUCUCUAUGGUGUCUAUAAAUGCAUUGCUACUAACACACUCGGUGAAGCUGAACACAUUAUUCAGCUUAGAGAAGCUUUUCCUCCACGGCAAAUUGAUCAGGUACGGCAAGAAACAAUAACUGCUACUUCUGUAUCUUUUAAUAUCAUUGGACCGGCAGAAGAUAUGGGCCCACCGAUCCUAGCAUAUACUGCCCAAUACAAGGAAAAUACUAAUUUUGAUUGGAAUCUUGCAAUGAAUAGAACAUGGUCUGUGAACUCCCCAUAUAUUGUGGAAAAUUUGAGACCUAUGUUUACUUACGACUUUAGAUUCGCUGCAGUUAAUCAGGUUGGGGCUGGAGUUUGGGGAGCUCCUUUGACUGUCAUUAUGCCUAGGAGAUCAGCACCUGAACAGCCUAAAUGGAGAGAGAAUAUCAGUUCAGAAUCUCUUAUUCGGGGCAUGUAUGCCGACAAGUACGAACUGAAAUGGAAAGUACCUGCUAACAAUGGUGAACCCAUCGAUAUGUAUGAAAUCAGUUACUGCCCUGUCUUAAAAGUUAGCGGAGAAUGGAGAGUCGCUUCUGAAUCUCAAUGUGUGGUGGAAAAACUAACCUCUUUCGAAGAUAUUAGCUACGAAGUGAGGGGACUCAUGCCCGAUACCCGCUAUCGUAUCUCAGUCAGGGCUCACAACAUUCUCGGGUACUCCAUACCAGCGCAGUUGUACGUCCAUACCGCUCUUGGAGUACAAACUUCAGGAUUCGCUCCACCUCAACUCCUAUCGAGCGGUGCCAUCAUAGGAAUUGCCUUAACUGGUGUAUUCAUCUGCUUGCUCAUAGUAGACUUGCUCCUGUUAUGCUUCAGGCGUCAGGGCGUCAUUGCCACGAUUUGUGGUAAAAGGUCUAAGAAACACGAAGAGGAUGAAGCAAAACUUGGCAGUCUGUACGGUUGGCGCUUCCCGCUCCCUUAUUGCAGCACGAAGCCGCGCGCGCCGCCUUCCCCCGCGCCCCUGCCGCCACCCGUGAAGCUCGUGCCAACACCAACGGAUGAAAAGGAGCCUUUGAGAGACGGGGACGAUGCUAUCAAGAGAAAUUCUUCGGUAGAAUUCGAUGGACACCGCGUUUAUGCCACGAGCGGAGGAACUAUUAUAGGCAAAAAUUCUGCGGUAUAAGAUGGAUCAAAAGGAAAAGCUUAGGGAAGACACGCUCUCAUUUUAGAAAUAAUCAAUGGAGACAUGACAAAUGACAAAAAUGUUAAACAUCAGUCCAGUAGUUAAUGAAGGUAUGGGCUUAAUUUGGAAACAGGGCAGGGAUAACAGAACAAUUUUGGAUCAGAUUUGUUACAGGUAUCAAUAUUUGUUUGUACUUUUGUAAGAUUAACUCAAACUAUAUGUACUUUCUUUAGUCUUGCAAAUAGAUUAAUAUGGACUGAUGAAUCUCGACCUGUUUUGUACUAAUAAGACUUGUAUCCGAAUGUGUCUUUUAUAGCUUAUGUGUGUGUGGAUGGCGCGACCAGUAUUUUAAACUGCCAAAAGAAGAAUGAUGUAACUAUGUAGUACUUUAUCAGCUUUACUUACUGUUGUUAGUUUUAUUUAAUUAUCAUAUUUCUUAAGAUUUGUAUUUUGAAUAGGGGCUAAAUGAAAUAUAUAAGAUUACUUGUAAGUAAUUAAAUAUAAUCUUGAAAUACAAAAAAAAUAAAAGAUUAAUAGUUAUGUUUUUAAUUUAUUGUAGUAUACACGCUGGCCGUGUGAAUGAGUCUCAAUUCAAAGACGUACAUUUAUAAAAAAAAUAAUAAUUAAAAACAUAUUUCCUGUACCCCCUAUUGAAACUUACAAUUUAAGCGCUUCUUGAAUUUUAUGGGUAUCGCAUUAAUAUUACUUAAUAGUUUUAAGAUAUACAAAUGUAUUAUUGCUAGCUUCGAGAGGUACAAAAUGUGCCUUCAAAUGAAUGUACCUACUUCUAAUGAGGGUAUAUAGGAUAAGGUUUUUGUAUAUACAUAUAUAAUAGUUAUUCCUAUUCACGCUCAUGUCACAAUAACCAAUUAGAUUUACCACCACGAUGAUAUAAAAUACAAUAAUCAUAAAAAAGUUUUGAUACUACAGAUUUAUUAUAGGUACUCAAUCGCUCAUGUUAAGUGAUCGAGUUUUAGAUAUAUUUAGUUAGACUUGAAACUUUAAAUAUUUUAUUCUUAUACACCGACCGCAAUUUUAUAGUUAUUUCAAAAAGAUCCAUCUUUAGUUUAGAUUUGUCACAUUUAGGAUAAUAUUCGUUAUAUAGUAUCCAUUAUGCUUAGGGUCUGUAAAUAGUAUAUUAGGGCUUUGUAAAUAUUAAUUUUCACUGAAAUAAAAUAUUAUGUGUUUCGCCCGGGAUCUUGUCAUCUUCAUUGACAUAAAUAAUAUUUCUUUACUCGUUCUGAAAACGGCAAAAAAGAAUAGAUUUUCUAAGUUUCCACGUCAAGUAUACCUAUGAAUUUGCUGACUUUUUGUACUUAUAUUCACGACUAUAUUUCUUCUCAUUAUUAUACUUUUAUAUGUUGUUAUUUGUAAGUAAAACAUAAAUUACUUGCUGCUCUAAAUGAGUAGUAUAAGGUAAAUUAUUUCAUAAUUCGACAUACAUUAUGAUGUAACCGAUUAGUUUAAUAAUCUGAAUGUGUAAUGUAUGCAGAAGUCAAACGAAACGUUUCUAUGAAAUAUGUUAUAUAAAUAAUCUGCUUCAUUUCAUGCUAUAUAAAGGAAAAAAAAACCUAUUAUACAUUUACCGCAUAAAUUCAUUUUGAAACUGCUUCCUAAAACGACUUAAUGAGGUAUUUAAAUUUCUAAGAAUUCCAUGAGGAGUAAUUCUACAAUUAAGCUGUUUUAUGAAUCUGACAGUCAGUAAAUUAGGUUUUAGGGACCGAUAUGUUUAGGACUUACCCUAUAUUUUAUUGAAAUAUAAGCCAUUACUGAUUUAAAUGCCUAUUGUUAUUUAUUUUUAAACAUAAUUCGUCAAUAGAUUAGUUAAUUUGAGUGUAGCACCUGGGACAUAUUUUUGUAAAUGAUUGAGUGAACAGAUCAUUUUUUUUUAUAUAUUUAAAUAAGUAUCAUAUUUUUUGUACCAUGUUUUUAUUAUUAUUCAGUUUUUUUAAAUCCAUCAUGAGUUGGACCAGUGUAUUUACGUUUACACAUGCACAAAACACGCCCAUGUAGCGACGAGGCUUCUGAUCUUGAUGUGAACGCUUGUGUUGUGGCAUGUAUUGUGUCAAUAUACGAUGUUGGAGGAAUAUAACAGCGCAUUUUUUACAAAAUAAAUGUCUCGGAAAAUA